GGAGCAUUAGGAUGUUCACCAAAAGCCGCAUCCGCUUCGGUCGGCGCUUCUCUCUCCCGGCCCUUAAAGGGUCUGGGGACCAAGCAAGCACCCAGUGUAGCGUUUGGUUCUCUCCUCCUCUCGUUCGCCCCAGCCUCUCAUCCCUUCUAGACCAAAGUCAGUCGCUGGGGCCAGAAGUCUGGGAAGCCGGCUCUUUGAGUACACGCCCCCUACACUGGAAAGACAGUGUUGGUUCCUAAUGAAAGCAGUUCUUCGUCGGGCGCUCGUAACCAAGAAAAUGUGACCAACUAAAUCCCUAGAAACGCAAGUUUGGGCCUGGAAAACCCAGGAGUAAAUGCAGAUUUGCUACUCCUUAACGACCUGGAGAGGACUCCCAUUUCCCAGGACCUGACAGUGGUGAAGUCCUGGUUGUAACUUAGAAAAACGUCCCAUCGGCGUUUUAAAAAGACUGCCUUUGGCCUUGCCCUGAGCGCUGAAAGUCAGUCGGAUUGACUGGGACGCCAUGGAAGCUGCUGGGAAAGAGGAAAUCAGUGUUGAAGAUGAAGCUGUGGAUAAAAACAUUUUCAAAGAUUGCAGCAAGAUUGCUUUCUACAGGUGUUUAUAUUCUGUAUAUCGGCAGGCGUCAGAAACAGCUCUCCAGGAGAGCCACCUAUCAGGCAUCACUAGACUCAGCCACAAUAGGCAAAGACAGCACCAAGUUCCAAAUCAUCAGUGAAACAACCAAGGUUUCUCUGCUGGCUGAAGUUUAUGGUAUAGAGGGAAAUAUUUUCAGGCUUAAAAUCAAUGAAGAAACUCCCCUGAAACCCAGGUAUGAAGUUCCCGAUGUCCUCACAAGCAAGCCCAGCACUGUAAGGCUGAUUUCAUGUUCAGGGGAUGCAGAUAGUCUGGUAUUGACAGAUGGAAAAGGAGAUCUGAAGUGUAAUAUCACAGCAAACCCAUUCAAAAUAGAUUUGGUGUCUCAAGAAGAGGUGGUGAUGAGCAUAAACUCCCUGGGCCAGUUGUACUUCGAGCAUCUGCAGAUUCCUCUCAAGCAAAGAGCUGCCAAAGAAAAUAAGGAGGACACAUCAGUUGAUGCUUCUCAGGAAGACCAAGAGGAUCUGGGCCUGUGGGAGGAGAAAUUCGGAAAAUUUGUGGAUGUCAAAGUUAAUGGUCCUGCCUCCGUUGGUUUGGAUUUCUCCUUGCAUGGAUUUGAGCAUCUCUACGGGAUCCCGCAACAUGCAGAAUCACACCAACUUAAAAAUACGAGUGAUGGCGAUGCUUACCGUCUUUAUAACCUGGAUGUCUAUGGAUAUAAAAUACAUGACAAAAUGGGCAUUUAUGGUUCAGUGCCUUAUCUCCUGGCCCAUAAACUCGGCAGGACUCUAGGCAUUUUUUGGCUCAAUGCCUCCGAAACACUGGUGGAGAUCAAUACAGAGCCUGCAGUAAAGUACACACUGACCCAGAUGGGCCCUGUUGCAGCUAAACAAAAGGUCAGAUGUCGAACUGAUGUGCACUGGAUGUCAGAGAGUGGAAUCAUUGAUGUUUUUCUGCUGACAGGACCUACGCCUUCUGAUGUCUUCAAGCAGUACUCAUACCUUACAGGCACACAAGCCAUGCCCCCUCUCUUCUCCUUGGGGUACCAUCAGUGCCGCUGGAACUAUGAGGAUGAGCAGGACAUAAAAGAGGUGGAUGCAGGAUUUGAUGAACAUGACAUUCCUUAUGAUGUCAUGUGGCUUGACAUAGAGCAUACCGAGGGCAAAAGGUACUUCACUUGGGACAAGAAAAGAUUCCCAAACCCCAAAAGGAUGCAAGAGCUGCUCAGAAGCAAAAACCGUAAGCUUGUGGUCAUCAGUGACCCCCACAUCAAGAUCGAUCCUAACUACUCAGUGUAUGUUAAGGCCAAAGAACAGGGCUUCUUUGUGAGGAAUCAUGAAGGAGGAGACUUUGAAGGGGUAUGCUGGCCUGGUCUCUCCUCUUACCUGGAUUUCACCAAUCCCAAGGUCAGAGAGUGGUAUUCCGGUCUUUUCACUUUCUCUGCUUAUCAGGGAUCUACUGACAUCCUCUACAUAUGGAACGACAUGAAUGAGCCCUCUGUCUUUAGAGGGCCAGAGCUAACCAUGCAGAAGAAUGCCAUUCAUCAUGGCAAUUGGGAGCACAGGGAACUGCACAAUAUCUAUGGUUUUUAUCAGCAAAUGGCUACCGCAGAAGGACUGAUACAACGAUCUAAGGGGAAGGAGAGACCCUUUGUUCUUACACGUUCUUUCUUUGCUGGAUCACAAAAGUAUGGUGCUGUGUGGACGGGCGACAACACAGCAGAAUGGAGCUACCUGAAAAUUUCUAUCCCCAUGUUACUCACCCUCAGCAUUACUGGGAUCUCUUUUUGCGGAGCUGAUGUAGGCGGCUUCAUUGGGAAUCCAGAGGCGGAGCUGCUAGUGCGAUGGUACCAGGCUGGAGCCUACCAGCCCUUCUUCCGUGGCCACGCUACCAUGAACACCAAGAGGCGGGAACCCUGGCUCUUUGGGGAGGAAUACACCCGGCUCAUCCGAGAAGCCAUCCGGCAGCGCUACACCCUCCUGCCCUAUUGGUAUUCUCUGUUCUACCGCGCACAUGUGGCUGCUCAGCCCGUUAUGAGACCUCUGUGGAUAGAGUUCCCAGAGGAACUAGACGCUUUUGGUGUAGAAGAUGAAUACAUGCUGGGAAGUGCUUUAUUGGUUCAUCCAGUCACAGAACCAAAAGCCAGCACAGUUGAUGUGUUUCUGCCAGGAUCAAAUGAGGUCUGGUAUGACUGUAAAACAUUUGCUCAUUGGGAAGGGGCACGUACUGUGAAGAUCCCGGUAGCCUUAGAUACCAUACCGGUAUUUCAGCGAGGUGGGAGUAUAGUACCAAUAAAGACGACUGUAGGAAAAUCCACAGGCUACAUGACUGAUUCCCCAUAUGGACUCCGGGUGGCUCUAAGCACUAAGGAUUCUGCCAUGGGUGAAUUCUAUCUCGAUGACGGCCAUUCAUUCCGAUACCUCCACCAGAAGCAGUUCUUGCACAGGAAGUUUUCAUUCUUGUCAGAUGUUUUGAUCAACAGCUGUGCCGACGAAAGAGGUCAUUAUCCCAGCAAGUGUGUGGUGGAGCAGAUCUUUGUCCUAGGCCUCAAGAAGCAGCCAUCUUCUGUGACCACCCGUUCAUCUGAUGGUAAAGAUGAGCCUGUGGCUUUUACAUAUUGUGCCCAAAUGUCCACCCUGCGACUGGAAAAGCUGUCCCUGAACAUCAGCGCUGACUGGGAGGUCCACGUCCGAUGAUGGUGCAGUGCACCCGGGGCGAGUGCGGGAAGCAGCCUGCACCUUUCAGCCUUGCCCUUGGCCUCUUCUGAGAUCUGUGCUGCAUGCUAAUUGACUUCUCUGGCUAAAAAGUAUCCUUCAUUGAUCACCAGCUUACUAAUGAAAAUAGACUUCAGGUUUUACAUUUUUAGAGGUACUAGUCAUACUCUUUUUGUCAAACACCACUUCUCCUAGAUGCAAGUAGCCCUGUGACAUUUAUAGAGUUCAUUAAUCUUCCACUGCUUCUUGGACAGAGGCGCUGUGGUAAACCCUGUAGCCCAGUGAGUAGCUUCUCUUUGAGCAUAGCUGCAUGGGUUGGUUUGUUUGUUGUUGUUUUUAGGAGACUCUACCCCCAAUGGGGGCUUGAACCACACCCUUGAGAUCAAGAGUCACGUGCUCUACCAACUGAGCCAGCCAGGCGCCCCUGGAUGGGUCUGUUUAUGUGAGAUAUGGGCCAAACGCACCUUGUGUGGCCCAUUUGUGGAAGCUUGCCUCAGGCCACGCAGCACAGUCAGGCCGGCUACAGCAGCUGAGUUACUCGAGGCCUGUCUCCAAGUGGACAGCAGCCUCUGGUAACCCCCCCAGUUACCUUUCACCCACUUAGACGUGGGCAAAACAACCCUUUUCUGCUUAUACUGCAUACACCGCAACAACAGAGAGUUAUUCACCCCUAAAGACUGGCUCAGAAGCAAAAGAGAAUUCUUUUCCCUGUCAUACUUUUUGGGCUUCAAAGUUCCUAAUUAAUCUUCUUAAAAUCCUAAUUUAUCUUAAUUGUUUUUAUUAAAUACUGUUUACUAGCCACAGAAUAUUUGUAACAUGAGUAAGCUGUAGCUUAUAAUAAUAAAAUGAAUACCCAUUUUCCCACUCCUGAUCUUCAGAAAUAGAACACAGGGCUGGGAGGAGGGUGAGGUAAGCGUACUUGCCUUGAGCAAAAAAUUUAAGGGGAUACGAAGAAAAUGCAAUCAUCAAAAUAAAUGAUAUUUUAAUGCAGUAUUUUUUAAAAAUCAAAAUUAAUGCAAAAAAUAAUGCACAAAAUAUCAAAAUUUUAAAUAAAGACAGGAUCGGUAUUACUGAGGUUUCCUUUUCCCUCAGGCUCCAAUAUGGCUUGGCAUGGGCUAGAACAUUACAACACACCAGUCCCUCAGGAGCCGCCAGUGACCCCCCCGCCGGCCACAGCAUCUGUGGGGGCAGCCUUGUGUCCCCAGCGCUCCUAAACCAAUGCACAUUUUCACGUGUCCUUCACCGAGCAACUUGCCAACUGCCACUUCUGUGCCUCGUGGUCCCUGGGCCGCCAUACCCACCACCUUCCCCCCCAAAUGCAAAUUUUACCAUCCCUUCAGGCCCGACUCAAAUGCCACUGUUCCAUUAAGCCUUUCUAACUACCCUAACGACCCCAAGCCCCUGUACCCGUGAGCAGUGAUUUUGCCCAUCUCUGAAAUGUUGCUGCACUUAUAAUGUGUGUUCUACUUCUCAUUCUCAGGGAUGGUCCCUUAAUGUUUUAAUCUUGUCUGUCUUGUUCCCUGGCUAGAGUGCAUGUUCCUUAAGAGCACGUUAUAUUUGUCUUCUGUUGGCCAGAGCAGCGUCAGUCAUCCUUGGCUUUCACCAACUGUGCUAUAAGUGGUUAACUGAUGGAUUUGGUUGAUUAAAAAAUGAGAAUUGGGGCGCCCGGGUGGCUCAGCUGUUGAGCGUCUGCCUUCAGCUCAGGUCAUGAUCCCAGGGUCCUGGGAUCGAGCCCCACAUCAGGCUCCCUGC